CGAAAAAUAUCGGAUAACGUCUUCCUCAAUGGACGCAGCACUCUCCCCUCUCAAACCUCCAUACCCUAUUCAAUCCAAGAGACCUCCACAGCCUCAAUCCUCUAACCACUCCCUCAAAUUCAGCUCCGCCACACUCCACUUACCUCCUCCUUCUCCUCACCCCUCUUUCCCUCUCGACUCCCUUCUCCACCACCUCGUCCACCUCUCUUCCUCUCCCCGACAUGCCAAUUCACCCGCCGCAGCUCGUUCCCUCUCUCUCGAUGUGAAACCCAUCUCGAGUCCCGUUCUGGGUAUCAACGGGUCUCUGAAGCUACUCUGUAAGAAGGAGACUUUGCUGCUCAACUCCAUUUUGGAACAGCCUUUGUCUGAAUUGAGCAGCUUCUUCGAUUCAGUGAAACCCGAGCUGAUUAGGACAGAUGUGUUCAGUCUUGUCAAGGCUUUAGAUGACUCCGGGAACUGGGAGAGAGCGGUUUCGUUGUUCGAAUGGUUAGUUUCAGCUUCGAAUUCAGGUGCUUUGAAGCUUGAUCAUCAUGUUAUUGAGAUCUUAGUUAGGAUCUUCGGUAGAGAGUCUCAGUACUCUGAUGCAGCUAAGCUGCUCGAUAAAAUUCCUCUACAAGAAUACUUGCUUGAUGUUCGUGCUUACACGACUAUCCUCUAUGCUUAUUCACGGACUGGGAAGUAUGAAAGAGCGAUCAAUCUGUUUGAGAGGAUGAAAGAGGUGGGACCUUCACCUACUCUGGUGACUUACAAUGUGGCUCUCGAUGUUUACGGGAAAAUGGGAAGGUCUUGGAGCAAGAUUCUAGUGGUUUUAGAUGAAAUGAGAAGCAAAGGGAUGAAGUUUGAUGAGUUUACUUGUAGCACUGUGUUGUCCGCUUGUGCAAGAGAGGGUUUGUUAAGAGAAGCCAAGGAGUUUUUCGCUGAGCUUAAGUCUGGUGGAUAUGAGCCUGGGACUGUAACUUACAAUGCCUUGUUGCAAGUUUAUGGUAAAGCAGGGGUUUAUACAGAAGCGCUUAAGAUUUUGAAAGAGAUGGAGGAGAACAAGUGUCCUGCAGAUUCUGUCACGUACAAUGAGCUUGUUGCAGCUUAUGUUAGAGCUGGUUUUAGCAAGGAAGCUGCCGGUGUCAUUGAGAUGAUGACGCAGAAGGGUGUAAUGCCGAACGCAAUCACUUACACUACAGUGAUAGAUGCUUACGGAAAGUCGGGGAAGGAGGAAGAGGCUUUGAAGCUGUUUUACAGUAUGAAGAGAGCUGGUUGUGUUCCGAACACUUGCACCUACAACGCAGUGCUUAGUAUGCUGGGGAAGAAGUCGAGAUCUAAUGAGAUGAUAAAGAUGUUAUGUGAGAUGAAGUCUAAUGGAUGUUCUCCGAAUAAGGUCACUUGGAACACCAUGCUUGCUCUGUGUGGGAAUAAAGGUAUGGAUAAGUAUGUGAACCGAGUGUUCCGUGAAAUGAAGAGCUGCGGUUUUGAACCUGGUAGGGACACAUUCAACACGUUGAUUAGUGCUUACGGGAGAUGCGGUUCGGAGGUUGAUGCGUCGAAAAUGUUUGGUGAGAUGACAAGAGCAGGUUUCAACGCUUGUGUCACGACGUACAACGCGUUGCUUAAUGCCUUGGCUAGACAAGGGGACUGGAGGUCGGGAGAGAAUGUGAUUUCCGACAUGAAAAGUAAAGGUUUCAAACCAACCGAAAAAUCUUACUCAUUGAUGCUUCAGUGCUAUGCUAAGGGAGGGAACGUUCUAGGGAUAGAGAGAAUCGAGAAGGAGAUAGUUGAGGGCCACAUAUUCCCGAGCUGGAUGCUUUUGAGAACUUUGCUUCUCGCAAACUCUAAAUGCAGAGCACUAGCGGGGAUGGAGAGAUCAUUCACGUUGUUUAAAAAGCACGGAUACAAACCCGACUUGGCGAUUUUCAACUCGAUGCUCUCCAUCUUCACAAGGAACAACAUGUAUGACCAAGCACACGAGAUUCUCCAAUCUAUCCGCGAGCACGAGCUAACCCCGGAUAUUGUUACCUACAACAGCCUCAUGGACAUGUAUGUAAGAAGAGGAGAGUGUUGGAAAGCAGAAGAAAUCCUCAAGAGUCUGGAGAAAUCCAAGCUAACACCACCAGACCUGGUCUCUUACAACACGGUGAUAAAAGGUUUCUGCAGGAAGGGGUUGAUGCAAGAAGCGGUUAGGAUGCUGUCUGAGAUGACAGAGCGUGGAAUAAGACCGUGCAUUUUCACUUACAACACGUUUGUUUCGGGUUACACGGCGAUGGGGAUGUUUGGAGAGAUAGAGGAUGUGAUUGAGUGUAUGGCGAAGAAUAAGUGCAGACCAAAUGAGUUGACUUAUAAAAUGGUUGUGGAUGGUUACUGCAGAGGAGGGAGGUAUAGUGAAGCUAUGGAGUUUGUAUCCAAGAUUAAAACCCUUGAUGCUUACUUUGACGAUCAGUCCAUCCAGCGGCUAGCUGUACGAGUACGUGAGAAUUUAGAAUCCUGAAUCAAGUGAUAUUUUUUUCCUUUGUAGAUUUGUGAGUUUUUGUAUUAAAAUUUACAUUUCAUUUGUAUUUUUACUUGAAAUAAAAUAAGCAACUUUGUUCAUGAUGAUGAAAG